AUGGACCUUAAGCAAUAUAUAUAUAAUAUUAUUGAUAUAGACAUAAGUAAUCAUAUUAAAAUAAAAUCAUCUAAUAACUGUAACCAUAAUGAAUUAAAAGAAACCAUAAGACAAAAUGCAAAAAAAAUAAGGGACAUUACAUUCAAAUAUUGGAUUAAGGAUAGACAACUACAACAUUCAAAUUUUGUUAUGAAGAAUGAGAAUGUUAAUGAUAAGAUGAUUAUAGAAAAUAAAACUUAUUUUUUAAACAAUAUUAAUAAUGAUAACAACAUAUUACAUACUUAUCAAUCUACAUUUGAAACAUGUAUUACAUAUAGUAAAGAUAAAGAAGACAUAUUGUAUAUAGAUCAUUUGUAUACAUAUCUUAUAAGACAGUUAUAUAUUUUAUUUUCCUCCUUAGAAGUUAGAAAAAAAAAGAAUAAUCUUCAAUUUGAUUUUAAUAAAAUAUAUAAAUAUAGAUAUAAUUAUAAAAAACUUCAACCACAUAUAUGUUAUGAAUACUUAAAGAAAUAUAAUAUUAAUGAUGAUAUGAUAAAAAAGGAUAUUGAAAAUUUUGAAUUAUAUAUAUAUAAUCAUCAAAAUAAUAUAAAAGAAGAAAAAUAUAAUUGUGAUAUAGAAGAGAAUUAUAAUAAUGCUAAUUAUAAUAUAUGUAUAUAUUUACCAACAAAAAAAGAAAUAGAUAUAUUAUUUAUUAUAGAUCAAUUAUAUGAUUAUUUUUAUUUUCAGUUAUUUGUUCCUAUAACAACAAAUGAAAAAGAUUUAAUUUUCUUUCCAUUUAAUAUAAAAAAUAAUUUGUUAGUUCAAUAUCAUUUUAAUAUAUUUAUUCCUUAUUCAUAUAUAUAUUAUACUACACAUAAAAAAAUUAAUCAGUUCAUAUUAAAUUACUCAAAUGUUGUAAAAAAUUAUGAGUUCUCUAAUUUUUUAUACAAACAUAAUGACACCAUUUUUUUAAUUCCUCUAAUAGCAUAUAAUAAAUUCGGAUGUAGAAUUGGAAGUGGAAAAGGAUAUUAUGAUAAGACAUUGACAAAGACAAGAAAACAAAAUCAUAUUAUAAAACAAAUCAAAAAUAUUCAAGCAAAUGGAAAUAAUAUAACAAAUAAGAAAGAUUAUGAUAAUCAAAAAUUAAAUCAUAUAAAUCUUGAAAAUGAAUAUGAUACAAAUAAUAUUAUAUGUUCUAAUGUAAAAAAUAUAAAUGACAAAACAUUUAAUAAUAAUAUUACAAUAUACACACAAAACAAAACAAAAAAAAAAAUUUUAAAUGAAAUAAAAGUUGGUGUUUCCUUUGAAAUGUUUUUAUAUGAUAUAGAUUUUUGCGAAGAGACAGAUCUUAUCUUAGACUAUAUGAUAAAUGAAAAUAAUAUUUAUCAUUUUAUAUUAUGA